UCACGUUAGGACAUCAUGCGCCAUUUCAAACUGAUUAAUAAGAACGAUACUUUAUCUAUAUAUUAGAAUUGUUUCAGUGACCAAUUUUAUGAUAUACGCUCAGCUAUGAUCAGGAUUGCAAGCCUGUAUUGUAUAUUUGUUGUUUCUGGGGCGAUGUUGUUUGGAGGACCAUGUGACCUGUCACCCGCUUACCAAUCAGGGAUACCCGACGAUUUAAACUGGUCCUCCAAAAUAUCAGUCCCCAAGUCCUGUACAAACGGCACAUUUCGCUGGGACUACCCGAGGGGUCAUGUGAUCCUGCUUUUUGAGGACUUCGGUAGGGCGACCGUGGCUUGCUUCCGGGAUUCCCUCGGGGGCGGAUUCUUUAACAUUACUGACAUCACUCCAGGGCAUCAUAUGACACAGCUUCCGAAUGUGGAGUGGGGAAGCGACAAGAGCGUGUGUACAGCCGCCUCCAUUGAAAAACCUCUGAACAUACGUGUAGACGCUCCAGAGAUGAUGGUUUACAUGGGGGAGUUUGCAUACUUCCUUCAGUUUUCUUGAGCAAAGUAUUUUGGUAAUAAAUGUGUAUUUAGCUGA